AUGCAUGCAUGUGUUAAUUGUCGUAGCCUCUAUCAGGUAUCCUUUGCACAAAAGGCAAUGAUUUAUCUGAAAAGACAUUUAAAAUAUUUUAUAAAAUUUAGCGUUUGUAAUAAUUUAUUUGAUAUUGGUUUACUUCAUUAUGCUAUUUGUUUUGUUUCGAUCUCAGCGGCUUUGUGGUGGAUUCGAAAGUCUUUUUAUAAAGAAAAAGAUUAA